CAAAUCCGGCAGAUCUUUGUAUCCCUUGAGGCUGUCUUUAACCCUGUCCUGUUUUCAAGGGCCUUGCUUCUGCUGGAGGGCAGGGAAAACCUGAAUCAGAGUUGGGAAGGAGGAUGGGCGGUGGCUUUGCUUUGGGAGAUUUCACUUUCCAAUAAUUGAAGUUUUCUGGGUUUUGAAGUAAAGGUAGAUUAACUCACCAACACUGUUCCCCACUGCCCUGCAACUCUCGGGCCUCUGACUUCAGGGUUCCACAUGGGACAUCAGGUGGGCAACCUCAGUGUUCAUUCAGACCCCAUCUCAGAGCUACAUCGGUGCUCGCUCUACUUACCUGCACUGUCCUGGGGACCUGGGCUCUGGCCUUUCACCUUGAGCCCCAAGAAUGUGACCUGUCCACAUUCAGGCCCCUUAACUCUGACAGAGGAGGCUUUCCUACUGCCCCAGCCGGAUGUUGACCUCAGCCGAUCAUUCCGGAAGUCAUUAGAGUGAUUUCUAGAAGGCAUAGAAUUUGGUAACCAAGGUUCUUUCCCUUUUUGGGAGGAUGUUUAGCUGUACCCACCAGGCUGAGAUUCUGGGGAUCUUAGAGCAGUCCCUUGGGUGGGGGUGAUAGUGAGGCUGAUGGCCCCUGUGUCCUCUGCUCCUUGCCUAGGUGACCCCUGGGUGAUGGGGGAAAAGGCUGGCUGUCAUGUGGGGUAUGAGGUGGCUCUCCCAGAAACUCCCUUGGCACACACAGCACUGGGUUGGCCCUGGGGUGUGGCUGUUUGGACAGGAUAGCCCACUAUAGCCUUGAGCAGGUAGGGAGGCCACCUUGAGAGGGUGGCCCAGAGACAGCCUGAGAGCUCCAUGGUAACAGGGUGCUCAGGUUACCUUGGGUGUUGCCCUCCCAGGUUCUAGGGGAACAGAGGCUGGGCACUGGCCCGGGUUACAGAAAACACCUUUGAACUGCCAUUGGCGCCAUCUGGGAAAGUACCCAGCCCCACCCAGUUCCUCUAGUCCUUGUUCUUGGUUUAGAAUCUUCCUGUUUCUGCCUGAAAAGCCACUGCCUCCUGGUUUGUGGUCUCUGCAGUCAUGAUGCCCAGAGCACACUUUGAGCUUCAUCCUUUGAUAACUGCGUGCUCUUGGGCAAGUUUCUUAACUUUCAGGCUCUUGUGAGGAUAGCAUGAGUUAAUUGAGGCCUGACAGAUUAAGCUCAUGUCAUCUUCUGGUGAGCUCUGGGCUUAGGAGUCACCAUGGCAACUGAAGAGUUCCUCAUCCGCAUCCCCCCAUACCACUACAUCCAUGUGCUGGACCAGAACAGCAAUGUGUCCCGUGUGGAGGUCGGGCCAAAGACCUACAUCCGGCAGGACAAUGAGAGGGUACUGUUUGCCCCCCUGCGCAUGGUGACCGUCCCCCCACGCCACUACUGCACAGUGGCCAACCCUGUGUCGCGGGAUGCCCAGGGCUCAGUGCUGUUUGAUGUCACAGGGCAAGUUCGGCUUCGCCACGCUGACCUCGAGAUCAGACUGGCCCAGGACCCUUUCCCCCUGUACCCAGGGGAGGUGCUGGAAAAGGACAUCACACCCCUGCAGGUGGUUCUGCCCAACACUGCCCUCCAUCUGAAGGCGCUGCUCGAUUUUGAAGAUAAAGAUGGAGACAAAGUGGUGGCCGGAGACGAGUGGCUCUUUGAGGGACCUGGCACGUACAUCCCCCGGAAGGAAGUGGAGGUUGUGGAGGUCAUUCAGGCCACCAUCAUCAGGCAGAACCAGGCUCUGCGGCUGAGGGCCCGCAAGGAGUGCUGGGACCGGGACGGCAAGGAAAGGGUGACAGGGGAAGAAUGGCUGGUCACCACAGUGGGGGCGUACCUCCCAGCGGUGUUUGAGGAAGUCCUGGAUUUGGUGGAUGCCGUGAUCCUUACAGAAAAGACAGCCCUGCACCUCCGGGCUCGGCGGAACUUCCAGGACUUCAGGGGAGUGUCCCGCCGCACUGGGGAGGAGUGGCUGGUGACAGUGCAGGACACGGAGGCCCACGUGCCAGAUGUCCACGAGGAGGUGCUGGGGGUUGUGCCCAUCACCACCCUGGGCCCCUGCAACUACUGUGUGAUUCUGGACCCCAUCGGACAGGAUGGCAAGAAUCAGCUGGGGCAGAAGCGUGUGGUCAAGGGAGAAAAGUCUUUUUUCCUCCAGCCAGGAGAGCGACUGGAACAAGGCAUCCAGGAUGUGUACGUGCUGUCAGAGCAGGAGGGGCUGCUGCUGAGGGCCCUGCAGCCCCUGGAAGAGGGGGAGGAUGUGGAGAAGGUCUCACGCCAGGCUGGGGACCACUGGCUCAUCCGCGGACCCCUGGAGUAUGUGCCAUCUGCCAAGGUGGAGGUGGUGGAGGAGCGCCAGGCCAUCCCUCUAGAUGAGAACGAGGGCAUCUAUGUGCAGGAUGUCAAGACCGGAAAGGUGCGGGCUGUGAUCGGAAGCACCUACAUGCUGACGGAGGAUGAAGUCCUGUGGGAGAAGGAGCUGCCUCCCGGGGUGGAGGAGCUGCUCAACAAGGGGCAGGACCCUCUGGCGGACAGGGGUGACAAGGGCACAGCUAAGAGCCUCCAGCCCUCUGCGCCCCGGAACAAGACCCGCGUGGUUAGCUACCGUGUGCCCCACAAUGCUGCCGUGCAGGUGUAUGACUACCGAGCAAAGCGAGCCCGUGUGGUCUUUGGGCCUGAGCUGGUGUCGCUGGGUCCUGAGGAGCAGUUCACGGUCCUGUCCCUUUCAGCCGGGCGGCCCAAGCGUCCCCACGCCCGCCGUGCGCUCUGCCUGCUGCUGGGGCCUGACUUCUUCACAGACGUCAUCACCAUUGAAACGGCGGAUCAUGCCAGGCUGCAACUGCAGCUGGCCUACAACUGGCACUUCGAGGUGAAUGAUCGGAAGGACCCCCAAGAGACAGCCAAGCUGUUUUCCGUGCCAGACUUUGUAGGUGACGCCUGCAAGGCCAUCGCAUCCCGGGUGCGGGGGGCUGUGGCCUCUGUCGCUUUCGAUGACUUCCAUAAGAACUCGGCCCGCAUCAUUCGCACUGCUGUCUUUGGCUUUGAGACCUCAGAAGCCAAGGGCCCCGAUGGCAUAGCCCUGCCCAGGCCCCGGGAUCGGGCUGUCUUCCCCCAAAACGGGCUGGUGGUCAGCAGCGUGGAUGUGCAGUCAGUAGAGCCCGUGGACCAGAGAACCCAGGACGCCCUGCAACGCAGCGUCCAGCUGGCCAUUGAGAUCACCACCAACUCCCAGGAAGCAGCAGCCAAGCACGAGGCUCAGAGACUGGAGCAGGAAGCCCGCGGCCGGCUUGAGCGGCAGAAGAUCCUGGACCAGUCAGAAGCUGAGAAAGCACGCAAGGAACUCUUGGAGCUGGAGGCUCUGAGCAUGGCGGUGGAGAGCACCGGGAACGCCAAGGCAGAGGCCGAGUCCCGUGCAGAGGCAGCCCGGAUUGAGGGAGAAGGGUCCGUGCUGCAGGCCAAGCUGAAAGCAGAGGCCUUGGCCAUCGAGACGGAGGCUGAGCUCCAGCGGGUGCGGAAGGUCCGAGAGCUGGAACUGGUUUAUGCCCGGGCCCAGCUGGAGCUGGAGGUGAGCAAGGCUCAGCAGCUGGCUGAGGUGGAGGUGAAGAAGUUCAAGCAGAUGACAGAGGCUCUGGGCCCCAGCACCAUCAGGGACCUUGCUGUGGCUGGGCCUGAGAUGCAGGUCAAACUGCUCCAGUCCCUGGGCCUGAAAUCAACCCUCAUCACCGAUGGUUCCACUCCCAUCAACCUCUUCAACACGGCCUUUGGGCUGCUGGGGAUGGGGCCCGAGGGUCAGCCCCUGGGCAGAAGGGUGGUCAGUGGGCCCAGUCCCGGGGAGGGCAUAUCCCUUCAGUCUGCUCAGGCCCCCAAAGCUCCUGCAGAUAACCACGUGGUGCCUGUACUGCACCCCUGACCAAUAAAUGGACAUUUUUGGGCAUUUAAAAUUUAAA